AUGUUCUAUUCAGAGACCCUUCUAUCCAAGACCGGGCCGUUGGCCCGUGUCUGGCUCUCUGCCAACAUCGAGCGCAAGCUGUCCAAGUCGCAUAUUCUCCAGUCUGAUAUUGAGAGCAGUGUAAGCGCAAUUGUCGAUCAAGGUCAAGCGCCUAUGGCUCUGCGUCUCAGUGGCCAGCUGUUGCUGGGUGUUGUCCGAAUCUACAGCCGAAAAGCGCGUUACCUACUUGACGACUGCAACGAAGCAUUGAUGAAGAUUAAGAUGGCUUUUCGCCUCACAAACAAUAACGACUUGACGAGUACUGUGGUUGCGCCAGGUGGUAUCACUCUGCCCGAUGUGUUGACGGAAUCGGAUCUUUUCACCAACUUGGACACCUCCUUGCUGUUCCCUCAAAACUUGAACAUGGAGGCAGAGAACAAGCGCCCCGGGCAAAUGGAUUUUGCUGAUAGCCAGUUGAUUCCUGACAGCAGUUACCGCCGCUCUAUGUCUCAGGAACCAGCCCGCCUUGAAGAUCCUACCUUGCUUGGUCUCGAACUUGACCUUGGCGAGGAUGAGCUUCCCCUUGGAAUCGAUAACAGUGUUGAAAUUGGUCGUGAUGCACCUCCUGCUCGGCCCAUGGAUGAGGAUUUAUUCAGCGAUUCUGGGAAGCUCCAUGACGAUAGUGACUUGGACAUUGAUAUCAGCGAUGCUCCGCUCGAGAAGGUUGAUGAUGGCCUUGGAGGCUUGAACGAUCCUAUCAUGGACGAUGCGCCCAUGGAUUUCGGCGACGACACCGGUUUCGGUGGCGAAACCCCUCGCCCCGAGGGCCACUUUUCACGCGACACGGAAAGUCCUCUCUCCGAUGCCGGAUCUGUACAGAUGAACAUGCUCGAGGAAGAAUUCAAUCGCGAAGUCACUCAAGAUGCUGAGGCACGAUUCACCAAACAUGCUCAACGCACCAAGCGCCAGAAGGUCAUUGUGGCAGACAAGGAGACUCAUUUUACCUCCAAGGAGGUCAAGGCCAUCCAAGCCGAUCGUUCUGCCAUCCUUCAGCGCUCUUCCUUUUUGCCUCGUGAUCCUGUUCUUCUCACCUUGAUGACUCGCCAGCAGAAUGGCAAUUUUGUCUCGAGCAUCUUUGGUGAGGAGCGCAGCCAAGCCUGGGCCCCGGAGCUGCGGGGACUUCUUUCUCUGGAUAACGUGAAGAAGGCCGGCGAGCUCAAGCGCAAGCGUGACAGUGGCAUCUCCGACAUGGACGUGGCCACUGAUGUUCCAGCUCUGGAUCUUGGUGAGGAUGAGGCUAUCGUCACUGCGGAUGAAGGCAUCGGUCUUGACACAGGCAUCAACCUGCAGUCUGAAAUUGACUUCCCAGGAGACAACGGGAUGCAGGACCUUGCGCCUAUGAGCGAUGACGGCAUGACGGCCUCGGUUGAGGACAUGGAUGACACGAUUCGUCCCAUUGACACUGAGGCUGUUUCCAUCGGCACCAAGCAUGCCGUUCACAUUCUGCGCGAUUGCCUCGGCGACACCCCUGAGACCGCCCAGAAAAAGGCCGUUGUCUUCCAGGAUCUUUUGCCUGAGAAGCGCUCCACCAAGGCUGAUGCGACCAAAAUGUUCUUUGAAGUUCUGGUCCUGGCCACCAAGGACGCCGUGAAAGUUGAGCAAGGUUCCAAGUCGAUUGGCUCUACCAUCAAGAUCCGUGGUAAGGAGGCUCUGUGGGGUUCCUGGGCUGAGGAAAACGCCGGAGGCGCUGUGACACAGUUGUCCCAAUUGUUGUGA